ACGAUUUGUGGGAAGAGAUUCUCGUUAUCAUUCUCUUCCCAAUUUCUCUUUUUAGUUUUCUUCCAUUGUGCUUUUGUUCUAACUCUAAUUGAUCUCCAUUGAAGCAAAAGAAAGAUUCUAAAAUGAAGAAGGUGUCUUGGAUGAAAAGCUCCCUCCUUUGCUUAUUGCUUCUGCAACUUUUCCUGUUGGGUGAUUGUUCUUUAAAAACAGAGGAGACAAGAAACAAUCCUCGAAAAAUCAAUGGCCAUGUACCUGCAUCGUCUCCUCAGCUGCAGUUACGGAUUCAAGAUAAAUAUGUUGUGAUGGACAACGGCCUCCUCCAAGUGACCUUAUCAAAGCCGGGAGGGUUCAUGACUAAUAUCACUUACAAAGGAAGUGCUAAUUUAUUGGAGCAUCGUAACGCGGAAGACAGUAGAGCCUAUUGGGAUAUUGUGUGGAGAACGCCUACUACUGGAAAUGGAUCCGGAAAAGGAACAUUUGGAAAGACUCGCGGGCAAAAUUUCAAGGUCAUAUUGCAAAAGCCAGAACAAAUUGAAGUUUCAUUCACAAUAACAUGGAAUUCCGCUAUUGGAAACAGAGCUGUUCCCUUAAAUAUGGACAUAAGGUAUGUAAUGCUACCCGGUCGCUCUGGUUUCUACUCAUACGCCAUUUAUGAGCAUUUGCAAGGAUGGCCCGGUUUCACCUUAGAAGAAACCAGAAUUGCUUUCAAGCUCAGCCAAGAUUUGUUUCACUACAUGGCCGUAUCAGACCAAAGGCAAAGGAUCAUGCCCACAUUAGCAGACCGGACGAAUGGUCAACCCUUGGCCUACCCAGAAGCAGUUAAAUUGACAAAUCCAAGCAAUCCUGAAUUCAAGGGAGAGGUUGAUGACAAGUACCAGUAUUCCUGUGACAGUAAAGACAGUAAAGUCCAUGGUUGGAUAAGCUCCAAACCUGCCAUUGGAUUCUGGGUGAUCACUCCCAGCGGUGAAUCCGGUAUAGCUGGGCCUGUCAAGCAUGAUCUCACCUCCCAUGUGGGCCCGAUAAGCCUUGCGAUAUUUAUUAGUGAUCACUACUCUGGUGAGGAUCUAAGAGUGAAGUUCAGUAAUGGAGAGCCAUGGAAAAAGGUUUUUGGCCCUGUUUAUAUGUAUCUUAACUCGGCCUCUGAUGGACAACAUGCCACCACUCAACUUUGGGAUGAUGCAAAAAAACAGAUGGCGACAGAAGUACAAAACUGGCCAUACAGUUUUCCAGCUUCAGCUGACUUCCUUUCUUUGGAUAAACGUGGGAAUGUUAGUGGUCAAUUAUUUAUCCAAGACAGGUUCCUUCCAAAACAGAAAAUACCUGCAGCAUCCGCCUACUUGGGUUUGGCUGCACCAGGAAAUGCUGGAUCUUGGCAAACAGAAAACAAGGGUUACCAGUUCUGGACUAAAGCUAAUCCUGAUGGAACUUUCUCCAUUAAUGGUGUUAGACCUGGAAAUUAUAAUCUUUAUGCAUGGGCUCCUGGUUUUAUUGGAGAUUACAAAUCUGAAGCUAAUAUUACCAUCACCCCAGGAUCCAAAUUAAAUCUGGGUAGUCUAACAUAUGAACCACCAAGGCAAGGUCCUACCUUGUGGGAGAUCGGAGUUCCUGAUCGUACGGCGGCGGAAUUUUUCGUGCCUGGUCCUGAUCCAAACUAUAUAAAUGAACUUUAUCUCACUACUCCAAACAAUAUAAAUAAACUUUCUCUCACUGAUGCAAACAGCAAUGGUAAAAGUUCAGCACCUGUGGAUACAUUUAGACAAUAUGGACUGUGGGAGAGAUAUGCAGAAUUGUACCCUAAGGAUGACCUUGUGUACACCAUUGGUACUAGUGACUACAAAAAAAACUGGUUCUUUGCUCAUGUUGUUAGAAAGAUUAAUAACAACGAAUACAAACCAGCCACAUGGCGGAUUGUCUUCAAACUUGACAACGCGGCAAGUAACUCAAAUGGAACUUAUAUGCUGAGAAUAGCACUCGCUUCUGCUUCAAAUGCUGAGCUGCAGGUUCGGUUCAACAAUCUGAAUCUGGCUCGUCCUCACUUCACAACUGGGUCAGUAGGGAAGGACAAUGCAAUUGCAAGACAUGGAAUCCAUGGACUAUAUUGGCUUUACAACAUUCAGAUAAGGAAUGAGUGGCUUAUUCGUGGACAAAAUACCAUAUAUUUGACUCAAUCAAGGCAUAUAAGCCCUUUCCAAGGAAUCAUGUAUGAUUAUAUUCGUUUGGAAGGGCCCUCUACUUCCAGUUGAAACGAUGUUAAUUAGGGGAAGGGAAUCCAAAAUCAAUACACACAUUCAUUGGAGGCCGAAGGGCAACAAAUGGGUUAUAAGAGGAACCAGCUAGUUUAGAGAAAAAAUAGCUGAGACCUAAACCCCAUUGUCUAGUAUAGUUACAAGCCCAAUAUUUCACAAUGUUACAGGUCUAUUUAUUUUAUUAUCCAAUUAAUAAAGUUUCAUUCAUGUUGAUUCUUUUA